AUGUUCCAGCACGUCCCGUCUACAAUUGGCCACAAACGUGUUUUCGACUCCGUCUUCCCUCCCUCCUUGCUAAGUGGCAUAUCACCCACCCCCGACGUCACACCCGUCCUAGGAUUCACCCCUCCAGGAGAACCAUUCGGCGGCAUACAGACCUCUAUUAAAGCGAAUAAACCGGCGCCAUCUUCAGAAGAGCCCGUACCGGAACAAGUCACAUGGGAUCGAGCGUGGCAUACCGCAACUGCGUUUCUUACCAUUCCUGACAAAGGAUUCAACGUCAAUAGUGACGGCAAUAGUGAUGAUAAGAUAGGGGAUAGAACGUUGUUGAAAAGAUGGGCUCGAGAUCCACCGUCGACAGCCAUCAGGGAUAGCCUAUUUUACGUAGGUGCGGAUGCGUCAGGCGGGAAGGGGUCGAGGAAAGGGAUGAAGGAGUGCGACUUGAAGCUAUGGUAUAUGAGCGAAACGCGGCGACACUUCCUAACUAACUUUAAAGACACUCUUGUCAAGAUAUUAGAACACGCUGAGAGGAAGGACGUUCUGGCCAGGCUGGUUCGCUACCUUCGCCUAGUGCAGAAUAUUUAUUAUACCCCAUUUUUAAAAUUCAUAUUACCAUUAUCAGACCCAACGGCGCGGGAUACAGGGUUCACAGCCUUACGGGAGAGUAUACACGCUGUGACCACAUUCUCGCUUCCGGCUGAUAAAUUUUCAGUGAUUCUUGCCACAGAACUUACCGCGGCAUGCUCUUUAAUCUUAGGAACCAAAAGAGGUCGGGAUCAACCUGAUGUUUCCCCCACGGAGGCUGGCGACGAAAUGGACAUUGAUUCAAAACCCAGCAUGUCCUAUAAUAACUGGAAGAGAGAACCAUCUCGCGAAAAAAGGAUUGUAUUGAUGACUGAAGGCGAACUACCCGGCAGCACAGAGGCAAGACAUACAUUGAUGCGUCUGCUAGAAGGGCUUCAGGAUAUUGGCCUUGGCGGCAGCAAAUCCCAGGUCAUAUUUGCCAAUGUGAUGAACAACAUGAUCACUGAGUUUGUAAUAUCCUCAUACUCGGGGGAAUGGGAAGCUCCCUCUCUCGCUGUUGAACAUUUACGGCUAUGGAUCGGAAAUAUCUUCGGACGGCUGGCCGUCCAAGUUUUGCACUGUCUUAAACCAGGCGAGCACCGAGUUCAGUCAACCGAAGACCACCUUGACGUGACGUUGCGUGAUGUAGAGAAAUGGCAAGAAAUUGCUAUUACCCGGCUUGCCUCCCUGCGAAUUAGCGAGCUAUUUGAUAUAAUUGUCGAAUGGGACAUAAGCAGUGGAGCGAUUGAAGAUCUCAAGAGCUAUACUACAAACCCUACCACACGGUUCUACCUUUCGAGCACAUUUAAUACUGCUAUAUUUCAACGACUUCUCCACCCAGGGGCGUCCACAGUUGAAAUAUUGCAGCUUUACAUUGCCAUCAUCCGGGCACUUACACAGCUAGAUCCAAGAGGAGUGCUACUGGAUAGAGUUGCGAGACCUAUUCGCAGGUAUCUACGUGAACGAGACGAUUCCGUCAAAGUGAUAGUAAAUGGGUUAUUAGCUGAUGUCAGUGAUGGGAAGGAUCAUGAUAGCUCCAAUCCAGAGACACUCACGGAGUUAGCAAUUGAGUUAACCAGUGCUCGUCAAGCGUCUCUCCGCAAUGAUUCCGGGGAGCUUGACUGGGACGAUAUGAACUGGGUGCCAGAUCCAAUCGAUGCAGCUGUCGAUUAUAAAAAGUCGAAACAGUCAGAUGUCAUAGGCAGCUUGAUAACCCUCUUUGACUCUAAGGAGGUCUUUGUAAAGGAACUGCAGGAAUCGUUGAGUGAGCGAUUACUAAACAAGAGCGGUAAUUAUGAUCAGGAGGUCUCGGUUCUUGAGUUGCUGAAAGUUCGCUUUGGCGACUCGGCUCUACAGGCGUGUGAGGUUAUGCUACGAGACGCGCUUGAUUCCAAGAGGAUUGAUACCGUUAUACGAGCAGACAAAGGUUUGGAUGACGACCCUACUGCUGAUAUCCAUGCCAAGAUCCUAUCUCGUCUGUACUGGCCUGAGUUGCAAGAACAGGCCUUUAAAAUGCCCGACGAAAUCACUUCGCUACAAGAGAGGUACUCCGCAGGCUUCGAGUCUUUAAAACCAUCUAGGAAAUUGACCUGGUUGAACAGCUUGGGAACUGCAACGGUUGAGUUAGAUCUCGAAGAUCGUAUAUUCAAGGAUGAGGUGACAACAUGGCAAGCAGCCGUUAUACACGCUUUCCAUUCUGCUGAGCCAUCUGCGGUGUCGAAAACCGUUAUAGAAAUAUCUCAAGAGUUAGAUAUGCCAGCAUCCCUUGUCCGCAGCGCCUGUCUAUUCUGGCAAAGCAAACGUAUCCUCACCCAACCACAACCCGACACAUUCUCUGUCCUCGAAACACUGCCCGACGAAGAAGAAACGCGUGCCUCAUCACAGCAGCAAAAACAAGCCCAGCCAAACUUGGAAGCCAAUGCUGCUGCGGCGGCGGCAGCAGCAGCAGCAAAAGAAUCCGCGGAAGCUGCCACUAUGGCAAAAAUGGAUCUAUACUGGCAGUUCAUCAGGGGAAUGCUUAGGAACCAAGGGGCGAUGCCUUUACAGCGUAUCAUCAUGAUGUUGAAAAUAGCUGUUCCUGGUGGAUUCCCGUUUAGCAGCGAGGAGCUUAAGCAAUUCAUGGGCAAGAUGGUUUCUGGCGGCAAGCUUGAGAUGGUCAGUGGAGGUAACUAUAAGAUUAUUUAA